AUGGCAUUCCCGCUGUCUGCCUCGAUGCUGCUGACUUCAAGGAUCCUUCUUCUCUACUGGUGGACCUCCUCAGCUGGGUCACAUGACCUCUCGCCCCCUUACAGGGUGAAGAGAGACCUGCCCUUUGAGACCAGACCACAAGUGGAACAAUCCUUAUCAGUGGCAAAAGAUGUGCUUGGUUACAUCAAUAAAAAGAUUAAAAACGUUGACAGCAAUAAAGUGAAAAAUGUGAUGAAGGGUCUCUCCACCAUCGCUGGCUUGGUACCUGGCAUUGGAACUCUGGUCGCACCAGUGCUCAACACUAUCUUGGUCUUCAUCCCUCAGGACGACCCUGUGCUGAACGAGGUGAAGAAGGGGUUCGCUGAAGUGAACAAGAAACUGGACUCACUCUCCAUCCAGAUCUCCAACCUGGCAACAGAUGUGGAAUGGUUCAACUACGUCAGCGUCUACUCUCAAGAUGAGGUCCGCAUCCUCAAUGCCUGGAAGAAGUUCAAUGAGCUUCAAGACAACAGUCACUUGGUGAAAAGUGAAGAGGACAAACUCCGACUGGCUGAGAUAUUCGUCAAUUACUAUGAGAACACAGGAACUGAGGGAAGUGUGGACAGCCUCUUCCAUUACCUGACCGUCACCAACACGUCCCUCAGUGGAAACAUCAAUGACCUGCUGAAGAAGAAGUUUAAAUGUGACGUUCAAAAGAUCGGUAACUAUAACAUCCAUUUCAGCACUUUGCUGUGGAGAGGGAUGGUGCUCAACCAGUUCUACUGGAAACUGAUCGGUUUUGACUUAUUAGAUAAAGAAACCGAGCACACUGAGAUGAUGAAGGAGGUUUACACAGCUCAGAUAUCAACGAUAGACCACUGUCUGGACAACUAUACGCAGUACAUGAAGAAAGACGUGGAGGAGAUCAGCAAAGCGCUCAGUCAUGCAAACAAGACAGUCGUGGCUGAUGAGGUGAAGAAGGCUCUGGAUGAGAAGUUCUACUGGUACAGCUGGGUGGUGCUGGUGUACAGUACAAAUGAAGAUACGAGUAACGACCUAUACAACAUGAUAAAGAUUCCUGCUGGUGCCAUCACUGUGGCUGUGGGCUACACUCAGAAAGCAGAGGAGAUACAUAUAACACAAGUAAGCAACAUGCUGGAGUUGUGCUACCAGAGGACAGUCACGGGGUUCGGGAGAGCAUCCCAAAUAUUUAGGAAACCAUGUGAUGUGAUAAAGGAAAUGCGGAACUGCGAUCAAAAAGUGGACGGCAUUCCUAUUAGAGAGUUUGUUAAAGUUAUGCACGCCAGCCACAAAAACCGGUUUGUUCAUGUCCCAGAACCCAUGAAAACUUUUGAGUGUGACUGGAGCCCGCUCUGGGUUUACAGCAGCUAUAUCUAUUACUCAGGUAACGUCUCCACCUGCAGCAACCACACCUGUGAGACAGAUGAGCAGUGCAAGGAGCUAGGGGACUCCAACGAACAUCUGUGUUUGUGUCCUGAUGGUUACCGCAGGGAGAGCUGUGAAGAGCCUGAGAAACACAAGGAAGUCCAGCUGAUCGACAAAGGCCGCACCGUGCCCGACAUCAGCACCAUCAACGCCAAACUGGAGCUGAUUCUGCAAAAACUGAACCGUCCCACUCAAUAACAACUACACACCUAAUCAGGCACCUUCUGCACCUUUGUAAACUCUGUUAUAUGAUAAAUUACACUGAUUGGACAUGAUUUGGAGUCAGUAACAAACCCAGUAGCUAUUUUCAUUAGUUUAUGAUAGAUUUUCAUAUUAUUAUUGUUAAUUGUACACUAGGGGCACUAAGCACCAGACCAAACAGGUACUAGGCAUUAAUAAAGGUAGCAGGUGGUAGUGACAGGUAAUGCACCAGAAGGGACACAGUUUUUCACCAGAGCAAAGAGAGGCAGCGUGAAAUGUUUGUUUUCUUUGAACUGGAAAUUAAAUUAACC